UCCACAGCUGACCUUCACUUCCUGCAAUGUUGUGUGAUUGACUUUCUGUUUGCCGGUCUCACACACGAUGGGCACCGUACAAGCUAAAGAAAUGGAAGGCCACACACAAAUUGAUGAUUCAGCUCCGCGGACAAGAAGAUCAGUAGACUUUAGGCGACCUGCCAAAGUACGGAGAGUUUUGAUUGAAGGGCUAGUGAGAACAAAAGAGGACUUUCUUCUUCCAAAGAUCAGAGAUGCAUUUUCUGCUGAAAAUUUUGAACAGGUAGUGAGACAAUGUGUUGUAUCCAAGGCUAAUCUCCAGGAACUGGGUAUCUUCAAAACUGUGAAAAUAACAGUAGACACAUGUCAAGCCCCUGGUGCUUCUCAAACAGAUUAUGAUGUCAAGUUUAUAGUGGAGGAGAAACGAGUUGAGGGUGGCGUGCACACAUCUGCAGGAAACAAUGACAUAGAGUCGUCCUUGACGCUGGGUUUGAAUAAUUUGUUUGGGAGAGCUGAGAAAUUGGCUGCUAGAUAUGCCCACACAAGAAACUUCCGAAGUAGGAAGAACAACCAGGCUCACAUACAGUUCACUAAGCCACUCAAUGGAAACCCCAAAGUCAGAUUGGCCUUGGGAGGGUACAGCACCAAUACAGAUGUCCUACUUAGUGGUUACAAAGAGGCCAGUAAAGGAUUGUUGGCAGCAUUCACUUUCCCAUCCACACUGGGGACCCACACUGUACAAUGGGAUGGGGUGUGGAGGGAUCUCAGAGCCUUAUCUAGGACCACACCCUUCGCUGUCAGAGAGCAGGCAGGCCAUACCCUCAAGUCAAGUGUACAGCACACAGUCACCACUGACACAAGGGAUGAUAAGAUACUUCCCCAUGCUGGAUUCUUGUUAAGAGCUGCUCAGGAAUAUGCUGGUCUAGGAGGAAAUGUAGAGUUUGUCAAAUUAAAUACAGAAUUUCAAGUCAAUAAAGAAAUCUUACCAUACAUAGUUGUCCAGUUGUCUGCAGCAUGUGGUACCAUGUGGGGAGUUGGCAACAACAAGAAAAUAGCUAUCAAUGACAAAUUUUUCCUGGGAGGUCCACUUACCCUGAGAGGCUUUCAUGACAGAGGAGUCGGGCCACAUGUGGAAGGAAACGCUCUAGGAACAGAUGCUUACUGGCUUUGUGCUGCCCACAUCUACACACCUCUGCCGUUCAGACCAGGCCUAGGAGGGUUUGGGGACUUAUUCAGAUCUCAUGCUUUUGUUAAUGUAGGAAAUGUUGGCAGUGUUGAAUUAGAUAAAUCUUUAAAAGAAAACAUCGAACAGUUAUCUAAUGAGUUCCGGCUAGCAUAUGGUGCAGGACUCGUCCUCAAGCUUGGCAACAUUGCACGGAUGGAACUGAACUACGUUGUCCCUGUACGGGUCAUGAAUGGAGACUGUGUGAAUCCUGGGAUACAGUUUGGUGUUGGGAUGACCUUCCUCUGAUUCAUCGAUGUCAUUUUAGUGAGCACAAUAAGAAUAUUAGUGUGAAUUGCUGCAUGUGGACACUAUAAAUUGCAUUGUCAACCAGAGAAAUUCCCAGAGCGUCAUUGUGAUAAACGCCCACUGAAGUCUAGUAACUACUAUUAAUCAUAAUCUCUUGAGACCUGGAAUAUGCAGUAAACUUUCACAGUCUAAAGAACAUAAGGUCCAGACUGAGUUUGUCAAGUUUCAAGAUCUGGCUCAGAGGAACUCUUCAAUGUGUCAGUAUGGAAAUUUAACAAGUCAGUAUUAAAGUGUACUGUGUUGAAUUGUACGACACUCUGGUUUGACAAUAAAGUUUUGACAAAUUUCUGCUUCUCUGUGUAAUGUGAGUGGAAAUAUGAUCAGUGGAAUUUUUAAAAUGAUGGCUUUUUUGACAGAGUAUACAAGAUUAUUGUUACUAAAUUGACAGGAUGCCGAACAGAAAAUAUAAAAGAAGCAAGAAGAUUUUGCAACAAAAAUAAUUCAGUGGUGAAAAUAUCAGAUUUACAUUUGAUUAAAACAUUUCAGUAACACUUGUUUUGUGAGAGAAUGGUAUUUGACUCAUUUUGCUGUUGAAUAUAACCCUCCAUUGUAACAGUAAAGAUUAAACACCAUGAUCAUA